AUGAAUGAUAUUUAUGUCACACUCAGAUCUGAAACCAUUUUUGCUGCUGGCUUAAGUUCAAUCAUUAAAGCUAAGUCACACAAAACUGGCAAGUCAUUUGCUAGUGAUAGACUUAACAAUACAACUACAAGUCAUACUAGUAGUAUGAUACUAGUACUCAGGCUACUUAAAUUUUCAAGUUGUACUGUAGAACUCUCACUGUACACUGUACAGGCUUGUCAGGGAUACACCAACUGUCCUGAUUGUCAAAAUGGACGCCCUCGACUUCCUGAUCCUCAAGUACUCGAACUCCUACAUCACACUGAGACAAAACUUCCCAAGUCAAGCGACACGAAGGUCAAGACUGAAUCAGAACAAGCAAAGGAACCAGGCGAUGGACCUAAGGCCACACAAUUAGGCCGGUAUGGUUCUGUCAAUGAGGUCCUCAUGGCUUCACUUGUAGAAUGGCUAGAAGGUGGUCAACAAGUCGAAGAGGGUAUUUGGCCUGAUCACAAGCAUGAUAUGGCAAAACUGUCUUAUCACUUGUUCCCAAACGUCCGCCAGAAUUCCCACGCAUCGGACAUUGGACUCCAGACAUCGCCCGACACCCUCCGGACAUUGUCCGGUAACCUUCAGACAUCGUUCGACAGCCUUUGGAAAUUAGGGGCACGUACUCGGCUAUAUGAAGAUUUGUCAAUGUGGCACUCAGAGCUCAAGAAGGUUGUUGCAGGUAUUGUGCCCUCCAUGUACAACCUGAUCCCUCCAUCACAUGUCCUGCCUGAACAACGUGCUACCUGGAUUGAAGAAGCUGCUAAGAAGUUGCUGGAAGAUGCUAUCUUUCUAUGCUAUGGUGUUGAUCAAAACAGGAAGAUUAACAAUGCGGCUCAUCCUGAUCUUACUGUACUGCUCGCAGGAGACUGGAUGUCUUCUGGAAUGAGUUACCACUUGAAUGCUUGGCACUGGUUUUGUUACGCCUGGGAUGAGUCGAGCCAUCCAAGUCCGAACAAACGAUCUGCUAAGCAGCGAGACGGACAUGGUUCUUCUCUCAGAUGGGAGGUCAAGGUUUCUGGCUAA